GAUGAUUUUUUUAACAGAAGAAAGCAAGCUACCAAAAGCUAAUGUGCAUCCGCUCAAGAUUUAUAAUGUUUUGCUCACUUUGUUAAAUCUCUGAGUGUAGCUAACAUUUCACAGUUAUGACUUCAAUGUCAAUGCAUUUAACCUAGCUGGUCCUAUCAUUUCAGAAGAUACGUUAAGGCGGGGGCAUGCGCAGCUGGAGGUGGCAGUUCUCCAGGGUGAUGCGUCUGUGCCUGCGCUGGUGCCGGCUGUGCCCUAAGCGAGGGGGUCGACCCAGCAAGCCCCAGAGGAAGCUACGAGAGCUGUGGAGCUACUGGAAGCUGCUGCUCAACUCCCUCUACUUUAACAGCCUCACCAACUCUGACACCUACCUGGACUGUGUCUUUGAGCCCGUCUACUGGAUAGUGGACAAUGUGACUCGCUGGUUUGGGGUGGUGUUUGUGUGCCUGGUGAUUGCCCUCACCAGCUCUGUGCUAGUCAUUGUCUACCUGUGCCUGCUGCCUGUCAUCCUCAACACCUACCCACUGCAGUGGAUCGUCUGGCACCUCACUUACGGCCACUGGGUCCUCAUGAUGGUCCUCUUCCACUACUACAAGGCCACCACCACCUCCCCUGGACACCCACCACAGGUUAAAAGUGACUCACCGUCAGUGUCCAUCUGUAAAAAAUGCAUCGUCCCCAAACCAGCCAGAACUCACCACUGCAGCAUCUGCAAUACGUGUAUUCUGAAGAUGGAUCACCACUGUCCCUGGCUCAACAACUGUGUGGGCCACUUCAACCACCGCUACUUUUUCUCCUUCUGCCUCUACAUGACCAUGGGCUGCAUGUACUGCAGCGUCAGCUGCAAAGGCAUGUUCAUAGAGGCCUACAACGCUGUCGAGCGCUUCCACCGCAGUGUGGAUGGGGAGCCACAGGGGGAGCCAGCGAGAGGAGUAGGGGACAGACUGCUCCUCAGACUCCUUGAGCUCAUGACUGGCCAGAGCUACUAUCAGACACCACCACCACUAUUUUCCUUCAGAGAAAAGAUGGUCCACAAGAGUGUUAUUUUCAUUUGGGUGCUAACAAGUUCAGUGGCAGUAGCUCUGGGAGGUCUGACACUGUGGCAUGCUAUCCUCAUCACCCGAGGAGAGACCAGCGUGGAGAGACACAUCAACAAGAAAGAGAUCAGACGCUUAAAUGAGAAGGGAAAGGUGUUCCGAAAUCCAUACCAUUAUGGGAAAAUAAACAAUUGGAAAGUGUUGUUUGGUGUGGAGGAGACAAGUCACUGGUUGACCAGAGUCCUCCUGCCAUCUAGCCAUGCUCCCCAUGAAGAUGGACUGGUAUGGGAAUUCCCUAAGGCUCUCACCAGAAGAGACCCCAUGACCAUCUAACCUCACACUACUCACUGCUGCUGGCCAGUUUCUCAUCUCCACACUAUGGCCCAGAAUCACUACUGGCCCCUGGAUGGUGGGGUGAACAGAGGACUUAUCUUAGCCUCUGAGGAGUGGAUCAUUUGGGCUUGAUCGUGACCCGUAUGUCCAGGCACCUCUGGGUGUUUGGGGACCGUAAUCUGUACUCCGGUCACUGUCAUGUGAAGUGUCAUUUUCAACUGUCCUGUCUUGUGAACUGAUUUCAUGCUUUUUUUGUACUGGUAGGUAUGUUGUCCAAAGUUGACAAAGUGUGCGCUUUUUAAUUGUACUGAAGUCACACAAAAAGCAGUUUGGACUUUUUGGGUGCCAACAAAGAGCUUUUUUUACCAAGGACUAGGUUAGAGCUAGAUAACCACACGCCUUGGCCAUUGUCCAUCUAUGGGUGAGUACUCUGGAGAGUUUUUGACAGAAUUACAUAAACAAUUCAUAUUAUCAUUCAGGCUCUAGUUAGAUUAUGGUGCUCAUAUUACUAAGCAGUGCCCCAGUCAAUAUCCAGGGGAGACGUAAUACUAUGGGUGACCCUGUAAAACAACACAUUUUGCUGCACCUAUCUGGUGUAUGUGACAAAACAUCUACAUUUAUAUAGGCAUAUUAGGAAUUGUCAUAAGAUUGCUAUGUGCCUUGUGAAGUUAAAUCUUUAACAGGUGUUCAUAUUUGUUGAUUAUCAGGUACUAAUGCAAAGUACAGUUUAUUACUGGAAUAUAAUGUAAUUUGUAACAUUAUCCAUUAAUUAUUCUCGCCCACAUCACAUAUGGAAAUUGAUUUCCCCAGUAACCAACUUUAAGAUCACUUAACCUGAUUUUAACAUGGUUAUAAGUGCUUGGAUGCGUCAGACUUCCUCCCAGCUGGUCUCGUAUGUGGCCACCAUAGAAUUAUAAUUCCUAUAAUGGUCGGGGAAUAUUUAUAUAGUAGCCAGCCUGUAACAGCAGGGAGGGGCUACCUGGUUGCCACAGUGAAAUAAAUGACUCACUGUGAUAUGACCAAUAGGAGCUGUGCUCCAUUAUUGUACAUUGCACGUCUGUAUCAUUGCGUUUGAUAUUAGCUUGUAUUGUUUAAUAUUAUGAUAAAAUGUUUUUGGAGAUUUU